AUUUUGUGCGAAAUAUACAGCAGAUUUUUUUUUUUAGAAAAUUGAAAAUAAAAAGUAAAAAAUGUACUGAGCUUUGCUUCUCCAGGAUGCUACAGACACAGCAGCCAUGAAAACCAUCUGCCACAACAAACCUAAAUCAUUCCAGCGAAUGAAAUUAUGAUAAAGCAUUUCAAGAAUCCAAUAAGAUCCUUCUCUCCCUCAAUGUUUCUCUCGAAAUCCCUCUCUUUCUCAUCAACCAAACACCGUUGCCAUGCCCCUUCCAUCCCAAAACCCUACCAAAACCCAAACCCAGUGUCCCUCAAAUCCUCCUAUACUUUUCAACGUAUCCACACAAUUACCAUCCCACCUUCGAAAUCUUAUCUAUAUGCCUCAUUUUUCUGCUCUCUUAUACACCUCUACUUGACCUGUGGCAGACUCUCCAAAGCUAUGAACACAUUCUAUGACAUGAGAAAACACAAUAUUAUUCCCAGAUUAUCCCUGUGGAAUCAACUCAUUUACCAUUUCAAUUCCUCUGGCUUGGUCUCUCAGGUAUGCGAUAUUUAUUCUGAGAUGUUGCCUUGUGGAGUUUUGCCGAAUGUUUUCACCCACAAUGUCUUGGUGCGUGCCUGGUGCAAAAUGGGUGAUUUAAUUUUGGCGUUAGAUUUACUUAGGAAUGUCGAUAUCGAGGUUGAUACAGUUACGUAUAACACAGUUAUAUGGGGGUUCUGCCAGCAAGGUCUAGCCAAUCAGGCCUUUGGAUUUUUGUCAAUCAUGGUAAAGAAAGAUAUAUUCUUUGAUUCUAUUACUUGUAAUACAUUGGUUAAAGGCUAUUGUAGAAUUGGGUUAGUUAAGUAUGGGGAGUGGGUAAUGGGUAAUUUGGUUAGUGGAGGGACUUGUAAAGACAUCAUAGGCUUUAAUACAUUGAUUGAUGGAUAUUGCAAAGCUGGAGAUAUGUGUCGUGCUCUCAACUUGAUGGAGAGAAUAAAGAAAGAGGGUCUGUUGCCUGAUAUUGCUAGUUAUAAUGCUUUGAUUAAUGGGUUUUGCAAAAGAGGCGAGUUUGAAAAAGCUAAGUGUCUACUUGAUGAGAUACUGGGGUGUAGGAGUGAAAAAGAUUUUGUUCUUCCAAAAAUUGAUGAUAGAAACAAGAAGGAUAGCUAUGUGGAUUUGGAACCAAACCUUAUCACUCACACCACCCUUAUAAAUGCAUAUUGUAAGCAGCAUGGACUUGAGGAAGCACGAGCUUUAUAUGAAGAAAUGGUCAUUAAUGGGAUCUUGCCUGAUGUAGUUACCUAUAGUUCUAUUUUAAAUGGCCUUUGCAAGCAUGGGAGGUUAUUUGAAGCAAAAGCACUUUUGAGGGAGAUGGAGAUGAUGGGUGUGGAUCCCAAUCAUGUUACUUAUGGUACUCUUGUUGAUUCAUUAUUUAAAGCAGGGAGUGCUUGGGAAGCUUUUGUCUAUCAAAGUCAAAUGGUGGUUCGUGGAAUUGCCUUUGAUUUGGUUAUUUGCACCACAUUGAUGGAUGGGCUUUUUAAGUCUAGGAAGCCUGAUGAGGCAGAAUACAUGUUCAAGAUACUUUCAAAACUUAAUCUUAUUCCAAAUAGCAUCACUUAUACGGCAUUGAUUGAUGGGCGUUGCAAGUUAGGAGACAUGGAAAGUGCGGAGAAUCUUUUACAAGAAAUGGAGGAGAGACAUAUUAUUUCAAACGUCAUCACUUAUUCUUCUAUCAUAAAUGGCUAUACCAAGAAAGGAAUGCUUGAUGAAGCUAUGAACAUUAUGAAGAAAAUGGUGGGUCAAAAUAUCAUGCCAAAUGCUUAUAUUUACAUUACACUAAUUGAUGGCUAUUGCAAGGUAGGUAAACAAGAAAUUGCUCUUGAUCUCUAUAAUGAAAUGAAAUUGAGUGGAUUGGAGGAGAACAAUGUUCUGCUUGAUGUUUUUUUAAACAACUUGAAAAGAGGUAGAAAAAUGGAUGAAGCUGAGGGAUUAAUCAAAGAUAUCAUGUCUAGGGGCUUGUUAUUGGAUCGUGUUAACUACACAUCUCUAGUGGAUGUCCUCUUCAAGUUGGGAAAGGAGUCUGCUGCUUUAAAACUAGUUGAAGAAAUGAAUGAGAAAAGUAUACCAUUGGAUGUUGUUGCAUAUAAUGUGUUGAUAAAUGGUCUCUUAAAAUUUGGAAAAUAUGAUGCCAAAGCUGUUUAUACUGGAAUGAGAGAGUUGGGUUUGUCUCCUGACAUUACCACAUAUAACACCAUGAUUAGUGCAUACUGCAGGCAAGGAAAACUGGAAAAUGCCUGUGAACUGUGGAAUGAGAUGAAGAGCCAUAAGAUAGUGCCAAGUUCAAUCACUUGCAACACCCUGGUAAGAGGGCUUUUGGGAGUUGGUGAAAUUGAAAAGGCAAUAAAUGUUUUGAAUGAGAUGUUGAUUGUGGGAAUUCACCUUAAUCCGGUCACCCAUAGGAUUCUGCUUGAUGCAUCUUCAAAAAGUGGAAAGGCUGACAGAAUCUUGCAAAUGCAUGUUCGACUUGUUGAUAUGGGACUAAAAGUCAAUCGAGAAGUUUAUAACAAUCUGAUUGUAGUCUUAUGCAGGCUGCGCAUGACUAAGAAAGCCACUUCAGUAUUGAAAUACAUGAUUAGGGAUGGAUUUUUACCAGAUACUAUCACUUACAAUGCUCUUAUACGAGGACAUUGUGAAAGCAGUCAUGUUAAGAGGGCUUUGGCCACAUAUACUCAAAUGUUGAAUGAAGGAGUUUCACCAAAUAUUGUUACUUACAAUCUCCUUCUAGGUGGUCUCUUAGCAGCUGGUUUGAUGACAGAGGCAGAGGAAUUAUUAGAUAAAAUGAAGGAAAAUGGAUUAAAUCCUGAUGCUUCAACAUACGAUACUUUGAUCUCUGGACAUGGUAAAGUAGGAAACAAGAAGGAAUCUAUAAAGCUGUACUGUGAAAUGGUUGCCCAAGGCUUUGUUCCUAAAACCAGCACCUAUAAUGUGAUUAUCAGUGAUUUUGCAAAGGUGGGAAAGAUGGACCAGGCUAGAGAGCUUUUUAAUGAGAUGCAAGUGAGAGGCAUUUCCCCAAAUUCUUCCACUUAUGACAUACUAAUCCAUGGAUGGUGCAAUUUAUCUAAACAACCAAAGGUAGGCAGGACAAUGAAAGAGGCAUACCGAACUGAGGCAAAAAUAUUAAUCACAGAGAUGAAUGAUAAAGGAUUUAUUCCAUGUGAAAGCACUAUUAGUUGUAUCUGUUCUACUUUUGCUAGACCAGGAAAGACACUUGAUGCCGAGAAGCUGUUGAAGGAAAUGUAUAAAGGAAAGAGUAUUUAGUAGAGGCAUGAAAACAAAAUACAAGCAUAAUUAGCCUUUUCUGUGCCAGUGAACACACAUAUUGCUGCAACGCUUCCUGUCUGUCGCUUGCUCUCAAAUGCUUAAGAACCGGUUCAAACCUCUUCACUACUCUCUUUUUCCACGAUGUCUCCUGUAUGAGUGCUGGGAGAGGGAACAUGAAGUAACAGUGCACUACUGGUUUAAACAGGGAUUCUGUGGUGCAUGGGAACAGCUCUCCUCCUCCCAUAAUUGUUUCCAGCUCACUCAGGAGAAUUAAACCCAGAUCUCUUAAUAGAGGUCCCAAGCCUUUACCAUUUAGCUGUCCCUUAGUGACAAUACACAUGAAGGUAUGAUUUGAUAAAAUCUCUUUUCUGCUUUCUGGUGUCAAAGCUUGCAUGUGAAUUGCACAUUUGAAAUGACAUUUCUCACCUUCUUAACAGUAUAUGAUUUUUUCAACCUUCUUCAGCUAUCAUGUGAAAGUUCAUCAAUAGAGGCUCUCAUACUGGAUUUUUCUCGCAUGUGUUCAACUUUAGAUCUAAGAUAUUGUUAGCUUUAGAGCAUGCAUUUGGAUGGAUCAAGUUUGAACUUACCAGUCAGAAAUGGCUGGUGAGAAAUGAAAAUGUUAUUGUUGUUUUCUCUCUUCUGGUUGAUUGUGAGUUGAAAAUAUGUUAUAUCUGAAGUGAUGAGAAAGAGAAAAAGAAGUGGAAGCAACAGUGGCUAGGUAUGAGGAGGAAAGUGACAGCAUUAUGAGGCAGCUCUGGGAGCCAUAGGGAAAUCAGAGCUUUAUUAUUAUAUCUACGAAGAUAAGAUUGUCUGGAUGUUUGAAAUGAGAAUACAAUGAAGGCUUGAAGGGUUGUCAAUGAUGUCAGCCAGACACCUCUUCUUGUAAACAUUUGAUACCAUACAGAGGGCAACAAUGGAAAUGCAAAGCCUAGAAGUGUAAGAGCUCUGAUGUUGACAUUAUCAAGUCACCAUCAGAUGUCCAGACGCUUCAGUCCAAGAUUGAAGAGGAAUAUCAUCGCAUUGAUGGAGAUUUGCUGCAGCUGACACUAACAGUGAACCUUCCAUAGGCACUCCGGAGGAUGUAAGAGAAGGUUCCAUAUUCAGGAAGAUAAUAGAGUAAUAUAGAAUUUGAUGUUUUAGACAUCACCCUAGUAAAACCAAGCAGAAAGAGCCUUUAUUUUAUUAUUUAUUUUUUAUAAGCAAGAAAGCAGAACGCUGGAAUAAUAUUUCACUUGAUCUAUUCAAAUGUCUACUACUUAAUUGGA